GCUUCACGUCACCGGGAAGGAGCAGGGAACCCGGCCACGCCUGCCUAGCCAGCUCCUGGGCACUGGAUCUUCUUUCCAAACUUACUCCAGCCACAGCCACCACAGCGGCCACUGCAAAUGAAAUUCCUCCCGCUCCUAGUGGGUUUUUCCACUUUGCUGAAUUGUAUCUACACUCAAAAUUGCACCAAGACACCUUGCCUCCCAAAUGCAAAAUGUGAAAUACGAAAUGGAAUUGAAGCCUGCUAUUGUAAUAUGGGAUUUUCAGGAAAUGGUGUCACAAUUUGUGAAGAUGAUAAUGAAUGUGGAAACUUAACCCAGUCCUGUGGAGAAAAUGCCAACUGCAGCAACACUGUAGGAAGUUAUUACUGUAUGUGUGUAUCUGGUUUUCGAUCCAGCAAUAACCAAGACAAGUUUGUCACCAAUGAUGGAACGACCUGCAUUGAUAUAGAUGAGUGCAGCGAAUCUGUUGUCUGUGGUGAUCAUGCUGUGUGUGAAAAUGUAGAGGGUGGAUACAACUGUUCCUGCAAGGAAGGUUAUCAGACUUCCACCGGAAAAUCACACUUCACAGCUAGUGAUGGUACUUACUGUAAAGAAAAUGUGAAUGAAGACUGCUUUUUGGAUAAUGCCUGUAUUACUGCAUCUAUUCAUAAAGCUUUAACAAAAAUUAGACACAUAAAAGAACCUGUGGCUUUAUUGCAAGAUGUCUAUAGAAACUCAGCAAAGAAUCUCUCACCGAUGGACAUAAUAACAUAUACAGAAAUACUAUCUGGAUCAUCAUUAUUAUUAAGUUGUAUGAAUACCACUAAUUCAGCCAAGGAUAUACUUUCUAAUUCAACUCUCACUGAAUUUGUAAAAACUGUGAAUAAUUUCGUUCAAAAAGAUACACUGCUAGUUUGGGACAAGUUAUCUAUGAAUCAUAGAAAAACCCAACUUAUCAAACUGAUAGAUACUGUGGAACAUGUGACCUUACGGAUAUCUGAAAACUUCCAAAAGAACACUCAGUUUGAUACUAAUUCAAGUGAUAUUGUUCUCAGAGCUUUUGUUUUUGAUUCACAUCACAUAAAACAUGUUCAUCCCUAUAUGAAUGUAGAUGGAAAUUAUAUAAAGAUAUUUCCAAAGGCAAAAACUGCUUAUGAUUCAGAAGGCCAUGUUGCAGUUGCAUUUUUACAUUAUAAGAGCAUCGCUCCCUUGUUUUCAUCAUCCAAUAAGUUCUUAUUGGAACCUCAAAGUGACGAUAAUUCUGAAGAGGAGGAAAGAGUCAUAUCUUCCAUAAUUUCAGUCUCAAUUAGCUCAACUCCACCCACAUUUUAUGAACUUGAAGAAAUAGUAUUUACAUUAAGUCACAGAAAGAUCACAGAUAAGGACAGGAUUCAAUGUGCAUUUUGGAACUACUCCCUAGAUACCAUGAAUGGCAUUUGGUCUUCAGAGGGCUGUGAGCUGACAUACUCCAAUGAGACCCAUACCUCUUGCCACUGUAAUCACCUGACACAUUUUGCAAUUUUGAUGUCUCCUGGUCCUUCCAUUGGUAUUAAAGAUUAUAAUAUUCUUACAAGGAUCACUCAACUAGGAAUAAUUAUAUCACUGAUUUGUCUCGCCAUCUGCAUUUUUACCUUCUGGUUCUUUAGCGAAAUUCAGAACACCAGGACUACAAUUCACAAAAAUCUCUGCUGUAGCCUAUUUCUUGCUGAACUUGUUUUUCUUAUUGGGAUUAAUACAAAUACUAGUAAGCUCUUCUGUUCAAUCACUGCCGGGCUGCUGCAUUACUUCUUUCUAGCUGCAUUUGCAUGGAUGUGUAUUGAAGGCAUCCAUCUCUACCUCAUUGUGGUGGGAGUCAUCUACAACAAGGGAUUUCUGCACAAGAACUUUUAUAUCUUUGGCUAUCUUAGCCCAGCUGUGGUAGUUGGAUUUUCAGCAGCAUUAGGAUACAGAUACUAUGGCACCACCAAAGUAUGUUGGCUGAGCACAGAAAACAACUUCAUUUGGAGUUUUAUAGGACCUGCAUGUUUAAUCAUCCUUGUUAACCUCUUAGCUUUUGGAUUUAUCAUAUACAAAGUUUUUCGUCACACUGCAGGUUUGAAACCAGAAGUUAGUUGCUAUGAGAACAUAAGAUCAUGUGCCAGAGGUGCCCUUGCUUUGCUGUUCCUUCUUGGUACCACCUGGAUCUUUGGAAUUCUGCACGUUGUGCAUGCAUCAGUCACCACUGCUUAUCUCUUCACAGUCAGCAAUGCCUUCCAGGGGCUGUUUAUCUUCUUAUUUCUGUGUGUCUUGUCUAGAAAGAUCCAAGAAGAAUAUUAUAGAUUGUUCAAAAAUGUUCCUUGUUGUUUUGGAUGUUUAAGGUAAACAGAAAAUUAUGAACAAUUUUUUUCUACACAAAUAGCAAAAAAAAAAAAGCCAAAAUGUAGAUAUCCAAUAUGUAGACAUUACUUUAACAAAUUAUCUAUCUCAGCUGAUACAUAGUCUAAUGCUUUAAAUCACUUUUUUCCAUUUACAGUGUAAGAAUUCUUCAUAGUAGAAGGUAAAAUCAGGUACCAUAAGUUAGGGUAUACUUUCCUACAUGGCAUAAGUUAGUUGUGUCAAAAAAUUGUAUUUCAGAUAUUUGGAAAAUAAUUGGUUUCUCAGGAGUGAUAUCAUUGUGCUCAAGGAAAAAAUUUUCUUUCUAACACAUACAAAAAAUAUAUGAAUGUCCUGAAGGGAACCACUGGCUUGAUAUCUUUGUGACUCAUGUUGCCUUUGAAACUAGUCCCCUAUCACGUUGGUAAUGAGCUCCGUUACAGAAAGUGGAACAUAGGAGAAUGAAGGGGCAGAAUAUAAAACAGUAAGAAAGGAAUGACUGUUAUAACAAUGAGAUGUAUGUUCAGUAAACUUGUAGGCCUUUUUCAAACUAGAUGAGAAAUUAUAGAGGUAAAAUAACAAGUUGAAUAGAAACAGCAUCCUUUUGUCAAUUGCCUGAACUUAAAUUUCUGCUAAAACAAUAUCUAUAUCUAUCUAUCUAUCUAUCUAUCUAUCUAUCUAUCUAUCUAUCUAUUUGUUAUAUCCAUUUCCUGUUCCAAUGUUCUUUUUAAAAAAUACUAACGCUUCACAAAUGAAAACAUUUAUGACCUUUUCUUAGUUUAACAUUAGAAUGAGCUUCUUAGUUUAACAGUAAAAUGAGUUAUAUGCUAUUUCUAUACUUCAGAAAUUAUGACAUACUAAGUUAUAUAUAGACAUGUCAAAAUAUGAUACUGUUUAUGCCUGUAAAUGUAAAAAGUGUGUAUAAAACAAGCACUCUAUUCUGUAACCUCUAAGUAUAACCUCUCUAUAGAUUAGUAUAAUUGAGGGUUUUUUAAAAUUUAGAUGUAGUAUAGUACACAUUUUAAUAGUCUCUUUUAACUUCUCAUCUUAAAAGAUAUUGUAAAUAUUAAAACAUACAUGAAGCUAAUGUUGAUUUUUGUUUGUAAAAGUGCACAUUCAAAAACUAUUAUUUAUAAUAAAAAAAACUUCUGAAAA